AUGUGAUCUACCACGGCAGUAUGAAAGAGGGCCUUUUAUCUGUGCCUCUGAGCAGCUUCUCAGAGGGUUGCAUGCUGCCAAAACACACAGCCUCUUCAGCUCGCGAGAAGGAGAGGAACUGGAGAGGGUUCCCUGCUGAGGGUUCUGUCAUGGAUCCUAACACCUCAGCCAGAGCAGCCCCUCCAGCUUCCAGUGGCUUUCCUUUGCUUACCAGGCACUGACAGAGAUCCCAUAUGAAGCCAUCCUCCCACAGACAGACACCCUGGAGGUGCUGGACCUGAGCAACAACCUGCUGGAUGAGAACCCGGCUCUGCUGGGGCAGCUGGAGAAGCUGAGCACUCUGAUCCUGAACUGCAACAACUACACCUCCCACAUCAAGUUCCCCUUCAUGGCCAGCGUCACCACUGUGUGCAUCAACAAGAACAACAUCAACAACCUACCCGUGUUCGUGGAGGAAAUCCGGAGGAAGUUCCCCAACAUCAAGAUCCUCAGCAUGAUGAACAACGAGGCAGCACCGAGCUAUUUCAAUGGAGGAAGUCUGACCCAGUACACAGACUACAGGCAGUAUGUGGUCAGUCAGCUGCCCGGCCUGGAGUUCCUGGACGACACCGAGGUCCUGGAACAGGAGCGGGUCCAGGCCAGGAGGACGUACCGGCUGCAGCAGAGCCACAGCAGCCGGAGGAGGAAGGACGAGUCAAGGAAACACACACACAGGCUCAAAAAGUCAAAUACUGUCAUAUGACAUAGGAUAUCAUGUGUUUUUAUCAACCAUUUUAUGUUUGUUAUAUUACACAUUGUAUGUUUUGUAUCUGCUAGUUUCAACAAAUAUUUAAAGCUACAGGAUUUUUAUGCUGAGGUAAAUAUUAAAAUCCAUGCACCAUGUUCUAUAUAGAAGAGGUAUAAAAGUAAAAAUAUAAAUAUUAAA